CAAAAAAUGACCAAUAUUUCUAGUGAGAAAAGGUGCCUUGCCACAUAAUUCAACGGGAGAAAAGAGUCUCUUUCAAGUCAACAACACCAUGAAUCACACUCUUAUCUCUUCUCACUCUCACAAUCAAUGCUAUGCGGGUCCCCUUGACCCUACCACCAAAAUGUCCAGCUAUUCCAUUUCCACCAGGACAGAUAUAAUGUUAUCCUCACCAUCACCAACGCGCAUCCAACCAUAUUUUCAACCCACGUGUCCAAACAACAAGCCAAAACAAUCACAAUGUCACCCUCAUUUAUCAAACCCCAAACAAGACCUUAGAAAAAUCUCAAUAAUAAAAUAUAAAAACAUUUAAAAAAUUAAUCAUGCAGAAAAACGCCUCCUCUUUUUCGCGGGGUCUUCAUUAAAGAAGCAUAAAGCGAACUCUUGUGAAACACUUAUUACAAUUUGUCUUCACUCUUUAAUGGAGACCUAUCAAUAUCCUCCGUCAUAUCCAGAUUCCGGCCACUCAUCACCACGUUCAAGAGAUAUCGAUUUUGACAAUCAAGCCUCAUGGGAAGACCAGCAGAACUACAAAGCCAAAUUCAUGUGCAGCUACGGCGGGAAGAUCCAACCACGCAGCCACGACAACCAGCUUUCUUACAUCGGCGGUGACACCAAAAUAUUAGCCGUCGACAGAAACAUCAAGUUUCAAGCCUUCCUCUCCAAGCUCUCCACUCUCUGCGACGCUAUUCCACAAGAGAUAAGUUUCAAGUACCAGCUUCCAGGUGAAGAACUCGAUGCUCUUAUCUCUGUCACAACAGAAGACGACCUUGAACACCUCAUGCAUGAGUACGAUCGCCUCUAUCGUCCUUCCUCAAAACCCGUUCGAAUGAGGCUCUUCAUAUUCAUCACUCCAAAUUCGGGUUCGAUUUCUCAACCUGAACUACUUAAACCUCAAUCCAACGCUGAUUUCCUCUUUGGUCUUGAUAACAAAACCCUAGCUCCACCGGUUCAAGUUCAACCUCCUUCCUAUGCUGCUGUGAAGUAUCAUGAGCCUGUGCCAGAUCUUGUUGCACAGCAACCUGAGUAUCCGCCACGUGGACCAGCGGAUGAUAGUGUCGAGAUUCAGAGGCAGUUACAGCGUUUGCAGGUUUCCGAGAGUGAGCAAUCUUUGUAUCGGAGAAGCGUAGAUGGAUUCCCCGGAGGCUAUGCUCCUGUCACUGCUCCUGGUAGUGAUUAUUACCCGCAGAAGAUGCUGGAGAAAGCUGCUCCUUCGAAUUCCCCAACUGCUGUUCAUCAACCUGCGGGUUACUGGCCGGAAAAACAAUUUUCCAGCGAAGGUUUUCCGAUGACAGGGAUGAACGCUUCCGGUGGAGGAGACCAGCAUGUUUACAUGAUGCCGACACCGGGAACAUUCUACCACGCGCCUCAGGUGAUGCGCCCACCGACGGCGCAGGUGACCCAGGGGUACUACGCUGUGCAGCGAAUGUCUUCUGAUGGAUACCGGGAACAGCCGGUGUACGGUGGCGUUCAGCCUCAGAAUGUAGCGUUUUCGUCUGCGGGUCAGGGAAAUUUAGCACCGGCUCAGCAAGUCAAACCUUUGGCUUAUGCGGAAGGCUAUGGAUUAGUUAGGCCAGCUGGCAUAGCGGAUAAUGCGGGAGCUGCUGGAUAUGCGCAAGUGGCGUAUGAUAGUGCAAGUGGGAGACAAAUUUACUAUACUGCGCCUGGAGGGAUGGUACAUGCGCCGCAGUAUCAAGGGGUUGCUCCGGUAUUCAGCAAUGACAUGAGACCGGCUGCGGCUCCUGUGGGCCAGGAUCCUAAAGGUGUAAACAAGGGCCCACAAGGAUAAGCGUAAUUAAUUAUUGAUGUUGAUAUGUUAAUUUAAAAUAAUUUGCUCAAUGAGUGUUGUUUUUCUUA